GUGACCCUCUAACAGAACUUGCCCACUGAAAGCAAACCGAGAACAGCUGGAUAAUGUCCACUCCGAGCAGAUUCAAAAAGGACAAAGAGAUCAUAGCCGAGUAUGAAAGUCAAGUCAAAGAAAUUCGAGCUCAACUGGUAGAACAACAGAAAUGCCUGGAGCAGCAAACAGAGAUGCGAGUUCAGCUUCUGCAGGACCUGCAAGAUUUCUUCCGGAAAAAAGCCGAAAUUGAGACGGAAUAUUCUCGGAACCUAGAAAAGUUAGCAGAAAGGUUCAUGGCAAAAACAAGAAGCACUAAGGAUCAUCAGCAGUACAAGAAAGACCAGAACUUGUUGUCUCCAGUGAACUGCUGGUAUUUGCUCCUGAACCAAGUGAGACGAGAAAGCAAAGACCACGCAACCUUGAGUGACAUCUAUCUGAACAAUGUGAUUAUGCGUUUCAUGCAGAUAAGUGAGGAUUCCACCAGGAUGUUUAAAAAGAGCAAAGAGAUUUCAUUCCAACUUCAUGAGGACUUAAUGAAGGUUCUUAACGAGCUCUAUACGGUGAUGAAAACAUACCAUAUGUAUCAUGCAGAGAGCAUCAGCGCAGAGAGCAAGCUGAAAGAGGCUGAGAAACAAGAAGAGAAGCAAAUUGGCAGAUCCAGUGACCCAGUCUUUCAUAUUAGACUGGAAGAGAGACAUCAGCGGCGAAGCUCUGUGAAGAAAAUUGAAAAAAUGAAGGAAAAAAGACAAGCAAAGUAUUCAGAAAACAAGCUAAAGUCGAUUAAGGCACGGAAUGAAUAUCUCCUAACCCUUGAAGCAACCAAUGCCUCAGUUUUCAAGUAUUAUAUUCAUGAUCUUUCAGAUUUAAUUGAUUGCUGUGAUCUUGGCUACCACGCAAGUCUAAACAGAGCCCUGAGAACAUAUCUCUCUGCGGAGUAUAACCUUGAAACCUCCAGACACGAAGGCUUAGACAUUAUUGAGAAUGCAGUUGACAAUUUGGAGCCCAGGAGUGAUAAGCAGAGAUUCAUGGAGAUGUACCCUGCUGCGUUCUGUCCACCAAUGAAGUUUGAGUUUCAGUCUCACAUGGGUGAUGAGGUGUGUCAGGUCAGCGCGCAGCAGCCGGUCCAGGCAGAGCUUAUGCUCAGGUACCAGCAGCUGCAGUCCCGACUGGCCACGCUCAAGAUUGAGAACGAGGAGGUUAAGAAAACGACUGAGGCCACCUUGCAGACGAUACAAGAUAUGGUCACCAUCGAGGACUACGAUGUUUCUGAAUGCUUCCAGCACAGUCGUUCCACAGAGUCUGUGAAGUCUACUGUCUCUGAAACCUACCUGAGUAAGCCCAGUAUCGCCAAGAGAAGAGCCAACCAGCAGGAGACCGAGCAGUUCUACUUCAUGAAACUCAGAGAAUAUUUGGAGGGUAGUAAUCUCAUCACAAAACUUCAAGCCAAGCAUGACUUGUUGCAGAGGACCCUUGGAGAAGGUCAUAGAGCUGAAUAUAUGACUACAAGGCCUCCAAAUGUUCCCCCUAAGCCCCAGAAACACAGGAAGUCCAGACCCCGCUCACAGUAUAAUGCUAAGUUGUUUAAUGGGGAUUUGGAAACAUUCAUCAAGGACUCAGGACAGAUCAUUCCCCUCAUUGUGGAAAGCUGUAUUCGGUUCAUCAAUCUCUAUGGUCUUCAGCAUCAGGGGAUUUUCAGAGUGUCUGGUUCCCAGGUGGAAGUCAAUGAUAUUAAAAAUUCAUUUGAGAGAGGUGAAAACCCUUUGGCUGACGAGCAGAGUAACCAUGAUAUUAACUCAGUUGCUGGCGUUCUAAAGCUCUACUUCCGUGGGCUGGAAAACCCCCUCUUUCCUAAGGAAAGAUUUAAUGAUCUGAUUUCUUGUGUCA